CGAUUCACACGUGUGUAUCGCAAAAUGGGUCGCCGACCGGCAAGAUGUUAUCGUUACUGCAAAAACAAACCGUACCCGAAAUCGCGCUUCUGUCGCGGUGUUCCGGAUCCCAAAAUCCGUAUCUUCGACUUGGGUCGCAAGAAGGCGUUGGUGGAAGACUUCCCGCUAUGCGUGCAUCUUGUGUCGGAUGAGUAUGAACAGCUCAGCUCGGAGGCGCUCGAGGCGGGCCGUAUCUGCUGUAACAAGUAUCUGGUGAAGUUCUGCGGUAAGGACCAGUUCCAUAUCCGUAUGCGUCUGCACCCAUUCCACGUAAUCCGCAUCAACAAGAUGUUGUCCUGUGCCGGAGCCGAUCGGCUCCAAACAGGAAUGCGUGGUGCUUUCGGCAAACCGCAAGGUACGGUUGCGCGUGUCCAUAUCGGACAGCCGAUCAUGUCGGUGCGCUCGAGCGACCGUUUCAAGGCGCAGGUCAUCGAGGCGCUGCGUCGUGCAAAGUUCAAGUUCCCGGGUCGUCAAAAGAUCUUCGUCUCCAAGAAGUGGGGCUUCACUAAGUACGACCGCGACGUGUAUCAGAAGCACGCCGAUGAAGGCCGCUUGGUACCGGACGGAUGCGGUGUCCAGUUCCGCAACGAUCACGGUCCGUUGAGCAAAUGGGAGCAACAUCAACGUGAUCGCCUGGCCGCUUAG